GUAUUCAGAUACGUGCCUUUGUGCACCAUUCCGACGAGACCCCAAUGGCCUCGUAGCAACACUAGAAUUUAGUGCUCGUACCGGAACAGGGCAGCCCUGUUCACACACACACAGCUCGUCUCCAAAUGCGUCCGGGACUGGCGGGUAUAGCGGUGGAGAUGCUGAGCGGUGCUUCCUGCAAGGCCAGGCCGAGGCUCGGCAGCCUCCUGCUGGCCCCGCUCACCAAAACAGUAACGUUACCGCCGAUGUCAAGCACGGGGAGCCGCAGAUUUCGGUCCACGUCCUCGAUGCAGGGUUUUUCAGAGUUAGCUAGAGAGCGGUCGAAGACUGUCACGUCGUUUUACAACCAGUCCGCCAUUGACGUCUCCGCAGAAAAGGCCUCAGUGCGGCUCACCUUAGCGACCCUGCUGUAUUCUGGGAAGUCUUCGGAUGGCCACCACAUCCUGAGCAGUGCCAAGUACCUACACAAGGAGCUGCCCGUACGGAUCGCCCAUCGCAUCAAGGGCUUCCGUAGUUUGCCCUUCAUCAUUGGUUGCAACCCCACCAUUCUGCAAGUGCAUGAACUGUAUAUCAGAGCCUACCACAUGCUCAGCGACUUCCCCCUGAUCAAGGAUCAGGACGUGGAGGCUCGUUUCUGUAAGCUGGUGCAGCAGCUGCUGGACGACCACAAAGAUGUGGUCACCAUGCUGGCUCAGGGCUUCAGGGAGUGUCGCAGGCACGUCCAGGAUGAGAUGAUCCUCCGCAGCUUCCUGGACACAACGCUGUGCUCUCGCCUGGGGAUCCGAAUGUUGGCCACACACCAUCUCGCCCUCCACGAAGACAAUCCUGAUUUCGUCGGGAUCAUAUGCAGACGUCUCUCCCCCAAAAAAAUCAUAGAGAAGUGGGUGGACUUUGCCAGGCGUCUGUGCGAGCACCAGUACGGCAACUCUCCCAGAGUGAGGAUCAACGGACACGUAGCGGCUCGCUUCCCCUUCAUCCCUCUGCCUCUGGAUUACAUCCUGCCCGAGCUCCUCAAGAACGCCAUGAGGGCCACCAUGGAAAGCCAUCUGGACACGCCGUACAACGUGCCCGACGUGGUCGUCACCAUCGCCAAUAAUGACAUUGAUUUUGUCAUCAGGAUUUCAGACCGUGGCGGCGGCAUCCCUCACAACAUUAUCGACAAAGUGAUGGACUACCACUUCAGCACGGCUGAGGAGAGCGCACAGGACCCCCGCAUGAGCAACCUCUUCAACAGCAUCACCAACAGUGGAAACCAGUCCAGCCCUAUGCACGGGUUUGGCUUCGGCUUGCCCACGUCCAGGGCCUACGCCGAGUACCUGGGCGGCUCUCUGUCCAUACAGUCUAUGCAGGGCAUCGGAACCGACGUCUACCUGCGUCUGCGCCACAUCGACGGCAAAGGAGAGAGCUUCCGAGUGUAGAGCUCCCCGUUUGUCCCCCCGACCCAGGAAUCAGGCCAUGCAGGAGUGCAGAGGGUUUCCCACCCGAGAGGCCGGCAUGGACUACAGGACUUCGGUCCACAAAGUGAUAGCCGACACAGUAUGUUGUCAGAGAGCUCCUAAAUUCACCAAACUACUACUUGUUCCUUUUUGUUCUGCCUUAGACUGAUUAUAAGCUAUGUUAGCUCUCAACAUGAUUUCUGUUGUUUCCCUCUGUGUUUUGUACCCUGUGGCAUGUCGUCUUCGUUUGUCGUUUUAAGGGGUGUAUGAACUUUUGAAUGUUUAGGUUAUCGGGACAAACUGUGCAUGAUGGUGGACAUUAAUGUUACUGUGGAAGGAAGGAAGGAAGGAAAAAAGAGCUUCAGUUUUAAAGAAGUUCACUCUGAAGUUACUUGUCGCGUAGCCUCAAAACAGGAACAGGCACUCUGAUGCUAAAGGUUUCAAAUGAACCUUCUGAAACACUCCAGCCACCCUGUCACAAUCUGCACAAAGCUGCUCACAUGGUCCACAACGAUCAAUACGACCACAGUUUGAAUAACCACAUCCUUCUUGUUCGUUAUCAGCUGUCUAUCAAAUCUAAGGUCUGGAAGGAAAACGGCGUCGGCGUCCUCGCAGUGAGGUGGAAACGCUCUCCGGCGCGAGCUGCAAACCUCAGCCCAUAGCGAUAUUCUACAAAGCCUUCUGAGUUCAGCUGUGGCUCAUUAACGCAUAAGGAAAAGCUCGUUGACAGAUGUCAGAGCCGUGACGAACGUCUCCGCUCAGCAGUGUUUUUGUGGAGCUUUCAGGCAGGAGAGCCGACCGAGAUGUUCAGUGGCCUUACUGUGUGACGCCGGUCCUUCACGCAUGCUGCGUCUAACUUUUUAUUUCGUUGCCUUUUUCACAUCACACAGUCGUUUCAUUAGUUUGUGUCGGAUGUUUUUGCACAAUGAAUAGAUUUCCCAUCACACUGCUCAGCACUUGCACCAAUCACAGCAGUUUUUGACUUUAUUAUAGCAUCUUUCAGAGUAACAGUAUACCAUAGAAGUAUUGUCUAAUUUUAUCUGACGUUUUUUUUUUUUUUUUGUUAGAAAGUGUGUCAGUUGUAUUUCAGUCUUUUUGAGAUUGUGUUAGAUUACAUUUCAGGAUCAGAGACGGGGUUUCUGUUAACAGUGGAAGUUGAGUUUGACUGAGGUUUUUAGUCAUUUUCAGUUUCUACAGAUCACAACUCGAUUAUGUCGUUACCUCGAAACAAAUGGCCAUCGAAAAACUAAAUUCUAUUGAUUUCACCCCUUUAUUCCACUAAUUAAGAAAAGUUCAGUUUCCUGAUGUGUUGCUGCUGCUAAAGGUCUCGGUACGCUUCAAACAACAGCAACGCCUGGCUGCAGCCCGCUGCCUCGACAAGCUCGCUGCAAUGAUUUACCGUAUUUUUUGUGUCUUUAUAUUCUCUCCUGCUGUCACGGUGCUGCACUCUGUUGUGAAGGAUUAAAGGAGAGCUUGAAAUGUCCAAACCAUGGACACUUUCACACCUCAGACGUCUGUCCCUUCUCUGCGCGAAGCAGCUGAGCUUGUCUGAUUAUCUGUUACAGAGCGUUACGAAAAACGUCAAACACAGAGCCCCGAUCGAAUCCGCCAUCGGGAAGGUGCUUCAGACGCCGUCAGACCACCUGACGAGCACUUUGUUCGAAGCUCAUUGAGUCACAAGCACAGCAACAAGAAUGUGAUCCCUCACAGGCCUCCCACCUGCAAGCACUGCCACAACACCAAGCCCCUCACUGUUUUUAAGCUCAUCAGUUCAGAAUCAGGAUUAUUUUGUCUAAUAAAGUUUUUUCCCCCCCGCUGUUCUUCACGGUCAGUCCAAAUCGGUUUCAUUAAGUCAUUCCUCUGGACCUGAAGACAAACAGACGAGCACCACAAAAACAGCAUUUAUCUCGAAAAAGUCCUAAUUUAUGCUGAAACUAACGACAAAAUAAUCAAGUUGUGAUCUCAAGAUAACGCAGCAGGAAGUAUCUGCCAGAGCUUCCUGUUUGUUUGUUUUUUUACAGCGAAACAGAGUCGACGCCAAGUUUAGAGGUUUGGCCCAGAUGAUGAACUCAAGCACUCCUCACAUUUUGUUGAACAUUCCCCAGUGAGCACCAGUCAUCAAGCAACAGAUCAACCCGAAGAACUCGGUUCAGUUUUAUACGUCAGGAGCAUUCGUCAACACAUGAUCUUAUACUGUCAUGUUUUUAGCAGAGAGGGCAUUGAGCUGUAAAUUGAGCUAAAGCUAAUUAACAAGACUGGACAACUGUAAACCAUCGGAAGUCGUAUUCUAAGCAGUUUUCAUUUUUGGCCCCCCAACAGACUCAACCUGUUGAUUAUUGGUUGUGGAGUUGAACAACAUUUUAAUCUAAAGCUGUUUGUCAGCUCACAUCGUAUGAUCCACCUAAUGGGAAAAUCAAUAAUGUCAGAUUCUGACAUGUUUUCUAUCUUACAGAUGAAUCACUGGUUCACUUGGAUUUAUACUCACAAUAAAAAAAUGCUUUUUGUUUUCCCUUCAAACAAAUGUUCCUUGAGUUAAAAUGAGAUUUUAGCUUGUGAGACAUUGUGAAAACACGAGUGAACCACUUCUUUCUGUUGUAAGAUAUUUAAACAUAAUCUGGUUCAGUUUGUGAAAUACUUUCCCAUAAGUCACCGUCCCAGAGUGAACGGCCUCUGUUAUCUGUCCCUGUGUUCAAGCUGAGGCCGUGUAUAUGAAUAAAUGUGUUUAUUGUGGCUUUGAAGGUCUUGAAGAUGUAGUAAAUAUGUAUCUUAUGCAUGUGAAGCAGACGGAGCGAACAGACGCUGGUCAACGAUAGUCUGAGGUUUACGUCCCUUUGAGACACGUGAGCAGCAUCAUUCUGAGAUUGUUUUUCUUUUCAAAAAUGUUGCUGUGGUUUGUAAAUGUUGGCUUUGGCAGCGAGGCUGUGGCUUCAUGACGCAUGUACUGUCCGCCCCCUGCUGGCCUAAAACAACAGUGCAGGCAGACUGAAAAAUGGAGGAAAAUGAUAAAUGCAUUGUUUUUAAAGAGGGGAAGGAUGUACAGCCAAUGAGUUUCUGAGUUUUCCACAUUUCUGAUUUUGUCAUUUUUGCAUAUGGAAAUGAAGAUCAACUUAAAAAAAAAACCUUUUUUUAUAGAAAUGUUUGGAGUGUGCCGGCUGCAGACGCAAACUGAAUCCAAAUUAUUUCAGAAAAGAGAUCUACACGCCAUGAAUUCCAAAACUGAGCGUAGAACUUGUAAUAAUGAGGAGCCUUCACACAUCAUCUAGUGUUGCUUUAUGCUUUAUGUUUGUUUUACGAACGGCAGCCGGGGGGGGUUGACAGUAUUUAUGGGACUCAUCAUUAAAAUACUCUCAGCUCAAAAACUACAAGCCGUAUUAAAACCACAAGUGACAUGAGGCUUCACUCAAGAUGCUGAUAUAUGUUCUGUUUAUAUAAAAACUCUCUGUAGUUCAACAUACACACAAGACACAUUGACUCUCAUUCAUUUCCUGUUGACUUCGGUCACUUUUGGGGAUGUUACAUAGACUUCCAUUCAUUUCCUGGAGACAGUAACUCCAAUGCUAACCAUAACCACCUCACUCACCAGUUCAGUGAACUAAGUCAGAACACACACACACACAGUGAGGGGUGAGGGGGGGGUCAGACAGCUCAUUUAACAGGAAAACAACCUCUUAAACUCAGCUUACUGUUCCAACAUUGAGCGUCCAGGCGCCCAAAUGAACGUAUCCACGGAGUCAAAAGACUCUGCUCAACGCGCUGACGUAGAUUUUAUGUUUGUGAUGUUAAAAAUGCGAAAACUGCAGCGAGUCUUCUGUCGUCAGUUAACGUGGGGGUCUGCGGGCAGCCCGCUGGCUCUCCCAUCACCCAGAAGCUCACUGUGCCAAAUGUGUUCGACCACUUGCCUGCAUAAAUACACAUGAGGACGUUUGGAUGAUAAACUGGCUUUAGAGCUCUGGUACUGGUUUCCCCCCCUUUCACCCACCCUGACUCACCACACACACACUCACUGCCAACUUCAGAGUAUUCAUGUGCGAUUAGCGCCGACCUCUGAGAGACGUCAUAGCACCUUGAUCCCGCUCAAACCGCGUGACAGGAGGAGUAUCCUGGUGAAAAUCCAGUAGAGCACGUACAAGGAAUACAAACUGUUCUUUGCACAGCCGGCACACCAAUCCUGAAAUCAACAUCAUCUCCAGUUCAAAGCCAAAAUAUUGGAGUCAUGUUACUUGGAAAAUGUGCUGCCAUGGAGUGUUUGUCUCCUAGACUGAAAUUAGUUUCUCUCACACGUUUUCUGUUCAGGACUCUGUAACAUUAAAUCUUACUUGGUUGGAAAAGUG